CUGGCCGAUACCCACCAGAGUGAGCAGAACGAAAGUCAUGGCAGAUGCACUUGGUAUUGUUUUGGGCAGUAGCCUAACUGUCAUGCUUGGGGCCACAGCUCUCUAUAUCCUGAUACGAUGGUACCAAAGUGGGCGCUGCUGGCAAGAGUCAAGCUUUGUAUUUAAUCUAUACAAUAUCAGACAGCUGAAGUCAAUGGAUCUGGAGAUAUCCCCACCCUUCACUGUCAGCGGAUCAAUGAAUGCUCCAGGCCCCCUGUCUAUAUACCAUUAUUCCCAGUUCCAAGACAGUGAAGUCUGAUGGGUUUGGAUAUUAUCACUAUGCCAGUUACUUUCCACUAACUCAUCAUUGAUUAACCCCAGCCAUUCUUGAUUUAAGCAGCCUGUAAAAAUGUCCUGCUAUCUUAGUAAAGGAUAAUGUGA